UAUUUAAUGCGACAUUUAUUUUGAAAAUCGCACCGGCCGACUUGACUUCCUGCCUGAACCUGUGGUGGACAAGCAGAGCGGAGGAGAAGGAGAAGAAGGACCAAAUAUGGGGAUUAAACUCUACUACACCACUGUUACCGCCUCAAGGACGGUGAAGUCCCAACAGGGCGAAGUGACGCGCAUACUGGACAGUAAGAGCAUCCAGUACGAGCUCAUCGACAUCUCACUGGGCAGCGAGCUGCGCGACGACAUGAGAAGGAAAUCAGGAAAUCCCGGAGCUGUUCCUCCGCAGCUUUUCAACGAAGACCAGUAUUGUGGGGUUAGUCUUUUGACUAUCAUAAUGAUGAUUCUGGCUCCACAGCACGGACUAUGAGAUGUUCUCUGAGGCGGUGGAGGCAGACACGGUGGAACAAUUCCUAAAGCUGGUGUGAAGAAGCCGCUGCCUAAAUGUCCGUGUCGUCCCGUCAACCACACUGACGCCACUUUCAUAACGCCAUCAUGAAGAAAGCCAAAUAACCUGAGUGCACGCAGUCACACACCACUUUCCCAUCUUUGUCCACUAGGAGCCAGCGUGGUGUCUGAAUGUGAAAAUGAUGCUGACCAAGCUCUGUUUUAAUAAUCUACUGCACGUCGCUAUCAUCAUUCAGUCUUAAUAACAACUUUCUUUUAGCCUUCUGUUGCACUUACACACUGCUUGUUAUUGUUCUCACGGUAGUAGCAUUUAUAUUACAACAUUAGCCUCUUUAUUUUUAGUGCUCCUUUUCUUGUUUCACAAUCAAGUGUUUUCAGGGAAUUUGGAAAUCUACUAUGUAUUUGUUAAUCAAGGCAUUGACUGAAUUUAAGCCUAAAUAUCAUUCCUUCAGUAUUUUUGAGCCUACUUGUUAGCACAGAGUGCCCAACAGACCAGAAUGUGAGAAAAGAAUAGUUCCCGAACAACAUGGAAACAUCUCAGAAUUUCAAAUUUGGUCGAAUCUAUUUCAUUUACAUGGUAUAUUGUUUGUUGACUGACAGGACCAAAAAGACACCAAAUGUAGUGACAUGUAGCCUAUUCUUCUGUUAUGCACUGAAACAAUUAACAGUACAUUUAGAUGGAUUGACUCUGGGAGCCCUCACCACAUAGUUAUUAUUUUUCCAUUAGGUUGUUUAUUUACCUCAAUAUGAUUUCUUUCUGUGCUGAUCAAUAACUGUAUUCUUCACAAUGUUUGUGCACGGUUUUGUAUACCUCUCAAUUGUACAUGUUCAUCUACCAUGAUCAAAAUCAUGUUUUACACAUUCCACGUCUCUCGCCGAGCUCAAGCCUUGUUUGGACCAAUUCCCCUUGGCCAAAAAGAAGAAAACGAUAGGAAAUAAAGUGCUGUUGUCUUCCAAGAAGAUUGUGAUAUGUGAUGUAAGAGUUGUGAAUUAAAAAAUGAAGUUUGAUUGAA